AUAUUUUGUUGUAAUAAUACUCCUUUUUGUAUAUUUAUUUUGAGGAGUCUUAUUUGGUUAAAUAUGCUUUUAUUUUGAUACUCCUGAAACCGGCACUUUCUGUGUUCGCGCCACUUCCGGGAGACGGUUUUAGGUUCCGCUGAGGUGAGGAGGCAUGUGGGUAGAGAGUUGCUCGGCGCUGCAUAAGGCCUCUCUCCGAGCCUUGAGACAAUAAAUGCUGGUUGAAAAGGCAGAAAUUCUCCUCAUCAUUAUUUCCUGAUCCAACACAACACAACGCAGAGUCGAUCGUGGUGUCAGCUACAGACCGGCUACAGUGGUGCCGUGACCCGGAUUCACAGUGCUUCAGGCUGUUUCUUCAUGUUCCUGAGGCUGUGGAUCAACACCAGCUUGGUCACCAGAGGUUGCUGCACACCACACAUUUACUUUCAUGUACUAAAGUCUGUCUCCGAUAACCUGACCACUGAAGGAAGAGAAGAAGGAGAGGAAGGGCAAGAUGGAGGCUGAGCUGGAAAGCAUGAAGCAAGGCAUCAGAGAUAAGUAUGGCUUGAAAAAGCGCGAGGAGGCCGAGGCUGAGGCAGCUGCUGCGGACGAGGAGCCUGCAGAGGGCAGCUUGACUCGACCCAAGAAGCUGGUGCCAACCCCCUGUGGCGACGAGGAGGAAGAGGAGAGCAUCAUGGACACAGUGAUGAAAUACCUACCUGGCUCUCUGCAAGACAUGCUCAAGAAGUAGGCUAGCUCGCUAGCUAAUGCUAACGUUAUCUGGCUUAGUUCAUAGGCUGCAUUCACAUGGUUGGCUUGAAUCAGGAUUUCUUUCCACCCACAUGACAGAUGAGAACAUUGCUUUGAAAGUACAUACAAUAAACUGUAAUCCGGCGUGAUGUUUUGGUUUCCGGAGUAAGUUUUGUGGUGGGGAAAUGAAUCAGAUGUGACCCAGCAGUGUGAAUUGCAGCUAAUUGCAUUAGGCGGCCAGGUAUAUGUUAGCUUGACUGAUGUUAACGUUGGCUAUUUUACACUUAUAAUUUGUUUUCCUGUACCUCUGAUCUGGUGGAUAUAACUCAUAGGGACAAUGUGACUGAUGUAUGUAUUUAAGGGUAGCAGGGUCUACUGGAUACUGAGUUUGUAUGGUGUACAAGGCACCAUACUAAUCUAGGAGGGGCUUAGGCUUGAUCACCCUUAUGUUUCCUCUGAACCUAUACAGUAGGUGGCGUAUACAGCUGAUGGUAAUGCUUAGAGUUUUUCAGUGAGCCCUGGCUAAGUACGUGCAUGUUGUUUCAGUUGUCUUGGGGGUCAGAUUGGCGCACAUGGGUACGUUGUAGUCUGGAUGUUGGUGAAAUUUAGUUACUCCUGAAACCGGCACUUUCUGUGUUUGCGCCACUUUCGGGAGACUGUUGGAGGUUCCACUGAGGAGAGGAGGCAUGUGGGUAGAAAGUUGCUCGGAGUUGGAUGAGGCCUCUCUCCGA